GAACCGGAAAAGAACGAGAACGUGAUCGACAAUUCGUCAAUAAUAAACAGACGCGUUGAAAUCUGAUUUUAAAAUGUUAUUCGGCCACUCUGUUAUCGAGCUACUACACGGUGGCGUUAAUUCGGAAUCUGAAAUUAAAAUGCCGAUCGACUUUUACGGAAUUCCGGGAAGCUCUCCGUGCCGCGCCGUUGCCCUCACGGCUGCAGCUCUGGGAGUUCCACUGAACUACAAAGAAGUGAAUCUGAUGGCCGGUGAACAUAUGAAACCCGAAUUUUUGAAGAUAAAUCCGGAUCACACGGUUCCCACGAUCGACGACAAUGGCUUUCGCCUGUGGGAAAGCCGAGCAAUUAUGACAUACCUGGCGGAACAAUAUGGCAAGGACGAUUCCUUAUACCCAAAGGACCCGAAGAAACGCGCUGUCGUUAAUCGAGUAUUGUAUUACGACGCGUGCACGUUGUACAAAGCCUUCUCGGACUAUUACUACCCCAUAAUCUUCGCCAAAGCACCUAAAGAUCAGGAUAAAUACGAAGCUAUGGGCAAGGCUCUGUCUUCCCUCGAGACAGCCCUCCAAGGACAGGACUAUGUCGCAGGAAAGAAUAUGACACUCGCUGAUUUGGCUCUUCUUGCUACCAUCUCCACCUUUGAGGCUAUGAACUACGAUUUCAGUCCGUACAAAAACGUCAUGAGGUGGUACGCAAAGGCGAAAUCCGAAGCGCCGAAAUACGAGGAAUGCAACGACAAGGGAGUGAAAGCGUUCAAAACUAUGGUGGAAUCAAUGAUGAAGAAAUCAAUCGCUCGCAUCAUGUCAGUGGAUUUGUAUUACACCCCAAUGAGUGCGCCUUGCAGAGCAAUCCUCCUAACUGCUGAGGCAAUCGGUCUUCCUUUGAAUUUAAAAGAGAUCGACUUGAUGGCUGGAGAGCACUUGGCACCAGAAUUUGUAGAGAUGAAUCCGCAGCAUACGGUUCCAUUUUUAGUAGACGAUGAUUACAAAAUAUCGGAGAGCCGAGCAAUUAUGGCGUACUUGGUCGAUCAGUAUGGCAAAAACCCGAGAUUAUAUCCACAAACGCCGAGUGAACGGGCGUUGGUCAAUCAACGAUUGUACUUCGAUAUUGGCACCAUGUACAAAGCCGUGAAGGAGUAUUAUUAUCCAGUCGUGUUCGGGAAAACGACGGAUUUCGACCCGGAAAAGUACAAGAUGUUACAAGCGGCGUACGAGAUUCUAAACACUUUUUUGGAAGGCCAGGAUUACGUUACGGGACGCAAUUUGACCAUCGCGGAUCUUUCUUUGGUUGCCACAAUAUCCACGACAGAGAUGUUGGAUUUCGAAAUUGAUAACUAUCCAAACGUCGCCAAGUGGCUGGAGAAAACAAAAUCCUCAGCGCCUGGAUAUCGGAAGGCUAACGGCGAGGGAGUGCAAAUAUGGAAGACAUUGCUGGAGAAUUUAAAACAGGAGUGACUCGAAUAAAUGUAUCGAUAAGCACCCAGAGAUUUAUUUGUUUAAAAUAAAUGAAUUACGGAAAAUUGUUUAACUAAGAACACGUUGCAAGGUUAUAUAGAUAGUUUAUCCUACAAAUGAAAUACAAAAGAGAUCUGGUAUCCAGUGGGAGAAUGUGCGAUAGAAGUCGUUGACCAGUGAGAAGCCUGCACUCGUGUUAAAUGUACAAAAAAAAUGUAUACACUUACACAAAAUGAAAUUUUAAUAUUGUUAUCAUAAUGAUUACUACUAAAUAACUUCUAUAUAUGUGUUCAAUCGGUUCGUGUGUUUUUGAAAUAUUGGAAGAUAUUCGGUGUACUUUAAAAAGUCUAAUACAUAUGUAUUUCUCUGUA